CACAGAUAACUGACUAAUAAAUCAAACCACGUGUAUUAUCGCACGUGAUCACGAACCAGUGGUGCUUUGACCAAAAAAACAUCUAAUAGCGCGUGCCUAUUCGUUAGCUAACGAUGGCCAGCGAUUGUGAAAAAGAUUUGCCCUUGAUGGCCAACACGGACGAUGUGCUGGUUUCUCAUUAUUGCAUAGACCUCGCGUGUUCGUUUGAGACUCGGUCGAUGUCGGGAAGUGUAGCUGUGUUUCUGUGCCCUGUCGAUCCGCAGCACGUGUGUGACGAGUGCAGAACGGCGUGCGGCGUGGACGAGGAUGUAAUACCAUCUGGAUUCGCCAUCGCAGCGUCUAACGCACAAUCUGCACUCGGCAUGUGCGCAUCUUCAAGUGAUAAUCGUAACAGCACUUCCUCCUGCUCCCCGCAACGAUGCUCCACGCGGAAAGACGAUGUUAGUGAUCGAGGCUUGACGAAUCCAGCAGCAAAGAGGAUGAGGGUUUCACCGAAAGGUGAAAUGGCAGAGACGCAACCUUUCAGGUUCGUUCUCGACGCGUGCGACAUCACAGUGCGUUCCGUCCACGAGGUGACGACGUCGCGGCGGUUUCGACUCUCGAGCGAGACAGAUCGCGAAUAUUACGAUGAGAUACGGGUUGCCGUGAGUCGAGCCGACACGGCUCCUCUGAACUACAGCGUCGAGAAAUGGUGCGUCAAGAUUUGGAAGGACGGCGUUACGUGCGUUCGCCGUUUUCCGCACGUUGUGUCGAUAGAGUACAGCACCGAUCCGAAAGGUGCGUCACUGACCUGGGCAGCAGACCAGGAUGGAAGGCCAUGUGUGUUCACUCAAGGAGCUUGGAUCAACAACCGUUCACUGUUUCCUUGCCAAGAACCACCCAUUGCCAUGGCAACUUGGCAAGCAACGGUCACCGUGAAAGACGAUGCCGUAGUUUUAAUGACCGGAGAUGAAAAUGCUGUUAUCUCACAAGCAGGUGAAGGGUUGACCAGCUACUAUUACUUCACUACCAUGUCUUUGCCUUGCUCGGUGCUUGCACUAGCUGCUGGGUACUGGGUCGGUGAACAGAUAGCUUUGACGAGAAGUGUCAACUUUGUUAAAGAUGGGUCCCUUGCCAAUCAUAGGUCACCAGAGUUUGCGUGUGAACAUGAAGAUUACCCGUGUCGUGCAAGCACGCACCACCAGCCUGUCAUCCCCACUCGAAUAUUUGCACCAGCCUCGGUGCUGCCAUCUGCUGCGAAGCUGUUUAGUGACUACAUACCGCGCUGCCUGCAGGCGGCGUUCGACUGCCUGGGACCGCAUCCGUUCCCGAGACUGGACGUGCUGGUGUUGCCGCGAUGCUUCGCCAGCUUAGGGAUGGCCAGCCCAAACCUGCUGCUGAUAUCACACACCCUAUUGGCACCAGAUGGCAGCAUGUGCAUCCGUAUUGCCCACGAGGUGUGCCACGCGUGGUUUGGACUGCUUCUGGGGGCGCAGGAUUGGACAGAGGAGUGGCUGAGUGAGGGUUUUGCGACCUUCAGCGAGGACCAUGUUCAUGGGUGUGCCAUGAAGUGGAACGAAGUACUUCGUUCAGAGCGCGCCGAACUUCGCGCAUACCUACGCUACCGCACCCUGGUGGCAGAACUAGACAACACAACUCCGGACCUCCAGAUGUUGCAUCUUGUCGAUUCGGAACGCGGUUCCAGUAGUCAUAAAGGCACCGUACCUCGCUCUGACGGCAACGGGGAGCCGUACGUGCGUUACGUGAAGAAUGGGAUGAAUCCAGAGAAGAGUUUCACGCAAGUGCAUUACCUGAAGGGCUACUUCCUGCUGCGUCACCUCGCCGCUAAAGUGGGAUGCGAACAGUUCUACACGUUCCUCCGCCGCUACGUCUGGCGGUUCCACGGACAGCUGGUGCUUUCACAACAGUUCUUCGCGAUGUUCUUCGAGACGUUCCCGGAUGUCAGAGGUCUGACCGUGAAAGACAUCUACAGAGACUGGCUGGACUGUCCCGGCAUGCCCGCACCAUUAGCUGGCUGCGAACCCAGUCCCAUCAACCGCUUAUACCAGAUAGUGCUGGAGGAACGCGACAGAUGGCGCCACGUGAAUAGGCAAUCUGCGAGUGCACUCAGUGAUAAGGAAUUCCAGGUAUUGGAGCCGGAUCAGCUAGUGCUACUGCUGGAGCUGCUGCUAGAACUCGAUACCGUAGCGAAGGUCACCCUGGCGUCGCUGCGUCGUCAGUACCGACUCACUGAACAGAAUGCAGACGUGAGACACAGGUGGUGUGAGCUGGUGGUCAAACACCAUUACUACACGUGCGACUCUGAUGUCGCGACAUUUCUCGCGGACGAACAAUCGAUGGGCGUCUACAUGUACGGAGAGCUGCUGCUGUCGUCGGCGCGACACAGACGACUCGUGAGGAAGUGUUUCGACGCGGUCGCCAUGGAGAUGGACGCUAACAGCCGCCGUACCGUGGCAGAGAUGUUUGGGAAUGUUUGAUCGAUGAUACAUUAAAAUUAUCAUUAAUUUCAUUGAUGAUAAAUUAAUCCUUUAUCAUUAUUAAUAAUGGGGGGGGGGAAUAGAAUAUAUAGGAGAGAUCGUCUGACAAUAUCAUUGUUUCACGUGCGUGGAGUCGCACUUAAUUCAUUGCAAUCGUCGUCGUGUUGUGCCACGUGGUGUUUUACAAUAAAAAAUCUUUCAUAAUAAAA